AUGGCAGCGCUGCACGAGGCCCUGAAAUACCUCACCAGGACAUCAUGGGACUCGGUGCCCACAGCCCCCGAUGAACUCCGGAUCUACAUCAACGAGAUCUCAACCCAAGCCCGGCUCAUCAUUGAGUCCGUCCCCGAGCCUCCGGCCCUCGACGAAUCCGCGCACCACGAACUCAAUCACACGCAUGCAGGGGGCUCAUCCUCGCAUAUCAAGCCCUCGUCCGCGCGUUUCGGAACAGCAGACGAACCCACCCUCGCCUUGCAGCGCGAAUGGGGCAAAGCAAUCAAAAUCGCCGGCGCAAGGGAUAACCCGCUUUCGAUCCCGGUGUACAAACUCCCCGGGAUAGAUGGCAACGGGCAUUGGUUUGGACGGCGCAGCGUCCAUGAAGGGCUGCCGUUUGACGUGUGGAAGUCGAAACUAGAGAGUGAGAUGAUGGAGACGCUGAGGAUGAAUCAAGAAAGGGUUCAAGAGGGGAAGGCGCCCGAUCAGUCGGUCAGGGGGAUUGGCGCCGAGAGAUUGGUGGAGGAGAUUGUGGUUUACGAUGAUCCCGAUAAGGAUAAUGCGGCCAAGAAGGUGGUGGUGGUGCUGGGAAGGGUGUUUGUGUUUCAUGUCUCGGCGCAGUUUCCGAGACCUACCGCGCCGAGAGAUUUCGCGACCAUGAUUAUCAACUGGGAUGAUUUGCAUUCGCACUCCCCGGCUGAGAGCAAGCAUGGCAAGAACCGAGGGAGGAACUGGAUGAUGGUCUCAAGACCGUGUCAGCAUCCCGAUGUCCCGUCAAAUCAUGGGUAUAUUCGGGGCGAAUAUGAGUCUGUCGAGUUUAUUCGGGAGAUUGUGGUGGAGGGCCAGGAUUCUGGGUUGUCGCAAAACUCGUCUUUGAAUAAUGGGGUUGAUGUCGCCUGGGAUCGUGAGGCCGACAAGUACAACCCCGUUGAGUGGAUUAUGGUAACCAGAAGUGAUCCGGGCGGCAACAUUCCUCGAUGGAUGGUUGAGAAAGGCACCCCGAGAAGCAUCUGCACGGACGCAGUCAAAUUCCUGGACUGGGCAUGCCAGGGAAUGCGCCCACCGCAGCGUCAGACAAAACACGCGCGAAAGUCGACCGACAAAUCCGAGAGCAGCCAACCCACUACGAUCGAAGGAGAGUCGGAGGAGGAUGACAGCGAUACAGAUUUUACGGAACCUGAGCACGAAGAACACCACGGGCUUAUCGCCAGUUUCGCGUAUCUGAUAAACGCCGGUAUUGAACGCUAUGCACCCCCGUCUGUGCUUGAUUAUAUGCCUUAUCACUUGCGCCAUUUGUCACAGAACAAUCCAGAUGGCAUAGGUGACGAUCUGGACGAAUCCCAUCAAACCCCAAGAAGUAUUCCACAGAAGGAACCAACCAGCGGGGAGAAAGAAGCACAGGACGAUGACGAGACACGGUCUCAAGCCUCGACUGUUUCCGACACCAACACCCCAGAGGCAAAACUAGACAUCUCCCCCGCAGAGAUGAUCCAAAGAAACAAGAGCGGGAAACUCUCCUCGCACGAAAAGCAGCUCGCCAAACUAGCGCAGCAAAAACGCAGCGUGGAGGCCCAACUCGAACUUGUCCGAACGGAUAUCCAAUCUCUGCGUCUGCGACCAUCGGAGGAAGAGGCCAAGCGAGAUAAAGCGGCAGCUCUCGCUGCGAUUGAUAACCCCAGCGCCGGCCAUUCAAACCGUAGUUCGGCUAGCAGCGUCAACCGACUUGGAUCCGAGGAUCGACAAUCCUCGAGUACCAGCGGUCAUCGUCAUCGUGCGGAAACACCCACGCGGGAGAGUGCGAAGAUGAAUAAGGUAGCGUCAGGGCUAUUCCACGAAGAAUCGAAACUACUUCGACAGCUCAGCAAGAUCGAGCACCAGCAACUUAAAGAGGCCGCGAAGGUGGAGGCACAGCAGCGCAAGGACGCGGAGAGACAGGAGAAGGCGCGCUCGCGCAGCGAAGCAGAGUGUUUGCGUACAGAGGUGGAGAGUUUGAAGAAAGAGUGCGAAAAGCUCAAGGGUGAGAGGCGCAAGUGGCUAGAUUUGAUUGGAUCCUUGCAGACGGAAAAUAGCAGGUUGAGGGAGACGAUUUGA